AUGGUCGGUGCACCUGAAGUGUCCCGCAUGAAGCAGCCGGAUGGUACAAUGUCUGGAGUCUCGCAGUCUAUCGACGCCUGGUCAUUUGGUUGUGUGUUAUCGGUCGCCGCGACGUGGAUAGUUUUGGGAUUCCAAGGUCUUCGCCAAUACGAUCGACUUCGACAACUAUCUCCAGCGAAUAACAAGAACGGCCAGGAAUUGGACCGGUUUCACGAUGGGCUCCACGUUCUGCCAGAGAUUGGAAAAUGGCACGAUUAUCUUCGCGGACACCUCCGGCCAUCAGAUACAACGACAGAGAUGGUUCUGGCUUUGGUAGAAAACAAGCUACUACGAGCAGAACCAGUGGCACGGCACACUCUGGAAGAGCUCUGCGAGAAGCUGCAAGAGUUGAGCGACUGGGCCGAACAUAAGAUCAAAGGUCUCAGGAUACACUCGAGAGAUACAGAUCCCCUAGUCAUGAGGGCCCUCUCGAGCAUCGAAAAAGAAGCUCAGAUCCAGAGAACCUCUGAACCGAAGACCGAUUUCUUACAGCCGUCCUUCUUACAAAUCAACCCUCGGGCGCGGGCCUCGAUGCAAAUAAAAAAGGAAGAGAUGAUCAGAAACAAACCGCUUGGUCAAACAGCGCAUCGCAAGCAGAUACUGGAGAAAAAACUGGAAUCAUGUGUGAACAAAUAUGCGGACGACGAGCCACCGCUUGUGGAUGCUGCGCAUAAUGGUGCUAUCACAGAUAGCCCCACUGAUGCGACUCUUGCAGAGGGACUACAGUAUCGUGGUCGUCAGAGCAAGCCCAGGAAUCCGCGGAUCCAAGCACAUGAGCAAGGCCAGGCAGAGACAGUCCCCCACACGCCGGAUGGCGCGCGUUCGUUUUUGAAUCGCAGCCAUCCUACUACGCCACCACCAUCAUCUAAUCGUCGUAACAAUGCCAUUGUUGUCACCGGAUCUCAUAGCGACGAUCCCUUCACGACUCAAUUACAUGGCAAUUCACUCGAGGUCCAUCCAUCUCCCAGUGCCAACUUGGCAAGACUUCACCUGCGGAUUCCAGAAGCAGGCUCGCCAUCCACGAAUUAUCCCAUCAGUCUCAAGCAAUCAAAUGGCACAUCGAGCUUGCUGUCUCCACCUGCAGAAAAAGGGUACGCGAUGCAGAACUACGAUCUCUUAGCCGAAAAAGAGACGUACGCAACACAGUCUCCUCCACUCACACCCACACCCAUUCACAUCGGCAUCAAGCGUGACGUCGAAGACGGUAAUGUGCCCCCAAUUCACAUCCCGGUGAACGACCAGAGUCACAAAGGAAAGGCCCCUGUCGUGGCUGAUAUAAGUCCUACGAACUCCCCGUUUGGCGACAAGCGCAUACACGAGCUGAACGCCGGGACUGCCAGUUUAGUCGAGGCUACUGGAAGCUCUGGCCCCUCCAUAACAGUAUCGGAACCCGGAGACGCUCAGCCGCCAAAGCAGCAAUCGGCAUCAUUGGAUUCGAUCACACAUGCUCAUUGGAAGCAAGCUCUUCUCACUCAGACUUCUUCGAAGUCUCACGAUGACUCCCCACGGCCACUUCCACCCUCUGCUCUAGACCUACCCUAUGAUAUAUGCGUUACAAGGAAAGAUACAGACCACCAGGUCUCAACGGGGAUUGCAAAAGGUGUCGCAAAAGUGAAGGGCAAACUCGGCAUCGAAACCAGAGCGCCAGCUGCUAGCCUCGUAGAAACCUUUAGCGACCCGCGUGAAAUUGUGAGCUCACUCCAGAAACCUUCAUGCUGGGCUAAUGUAUUCCAGAUCUUCGUUGUCGAUAAUGGGUGGACGAUGUCCAGGCACUGGCCGAUCGUAACGUUCGUAGCGCAAACGCUCGCCAUGAACGCCGCUGGCCUAGACAAGGAUGGGUUCGACGUUAAGUUCACGGUUGAUGGCCACACCCAUAAUGAGCGGCGUCUGAAAGGAGAUUUUGGUCGGAGAAAGCUCAAGAAAGCGUUGAAGGCAGCGUGGCCAGAACAAAAACCGAACAAUAGUGCCACCACAGACAUGGCGAAGGUUUUCAGAAACAUCCUGAAAGAAUGGGACCGCGUCGGCCAGCCAGCCACAACACUUCUCGUGUUAACUGACGGGGUCUGGUCAAAGGAAAACUCCGAUACCUUCAACAAGAUCAUCCUCGAUAUCGCGCGACUGGACCAAGGAAAUGGCGGCAAUCGGCACUUCAGCAUCCAGUUCAUUCGAUUCGGCGAUGAAGUUCCCGAAAAGGGUCGCCUAGAGUGGUUAGACGACCACUUAUGCGCCGACAACAACAUGAGGGACAUCAUCGAUCACUGCUCGUGGCGAAACAACGUCGUUAAAAUGGUCACAGGUAGCAUCGAGGUUUAUGCCGACGAACAGAACUCUGUUGACCAACCCAUGUUGUACGACUACGAUGGUCUUGUUGGUCUAUUCAACGCCUUCAACAAAGGAGGCGACGCCCUGCUUUCACCAACCGGUACCCCAUCUCGGACGCCCUCACGAGCAUCGAAACGCUUGUCAAUCUCCAAUUCAUUCACAGAGGACUGGACUAAAAGAGGUUGA